CUGUAAUCGCUCCUCAGCGCUGUCGGUACGCUCGCGAGCCAGCCGCCGCAAUUGUUUAUUCAAUGGUAGUUACGCUCGGCCGCUGCAGCUUUUGUAUUGGGUUCGUGUCCGUCGAUCUAGCGCACUCAUAACGCAUUCCACGAGCUUCUCGCUCCAUCACCAGCCGCUAGUGAAGCUAACUCACGCAAGAACAAGGGGCGACGCAGAAUGGAUUCAAGUUACGUAAAAGUGUUUGGGGCGAUGCUCAUCCCGAAUUUGGGAGGACUAAUCAACGGCCGCCGGGUGACCAGGGCGAACCUGCAGAAUUGGUACAGCAAACUGAAUUUCCCAUCGUUCCGGCCACCGAAUUGGGUCUUCGCCCCUGUCUGGACCUCGCUCUACUCUAGCAUGGGCUACGCCUCUUACUUGGUAUGGCGCGAUGGAGGCGGAUUUGCCGGCGAAGCGCAGUUUCCCUUGAUGGUAUAUGGAGCCCAGCUAGCGCUAAACUGGGCCUGGAGCCCUAUCUUCUUUGGGCAGCGCAACAUCAAAGGGGGCCUCAUCGAUAUUUUGGCUUUGACUGCAACUGCCUCGGCUUGCGGCGUUCUGUUCUACAGAAUCAACUCCAUCGCGGGACACCUAUUCAUUCCUUAUGUGGCGUGGCUUACGUUCGCCUCAUUCCUCAACUAUACCUUGUGGAAGCUGAACCCAGAGCCUAAAGAAGUUAAGGACCAUUGAGGUGGAUUUGGCUCUGCGCAGUCAGCAGCAAGUGGGAGCCGGCUUGGUUUUGUUUUCAGAUUAAUUUUAGGCGGCAUUCGGCACAAUACUAUCCAAGGGUUCUUAACAGUUUUGUAAUUGGAAAUUCUUUUAAAGGCGCAACACACUUUGUGGUGACAUGUGAUAUCUCAUUAAGCAUUUUUAGCUUUCGCGACAUAUAUACAUAAUCUGGCGGAGCUGAACACUUCUAAAAGGCAAUGGUUUUUCUAGGGCGGAUUUAAGCUUUUCAUUUCUGGUGGUAUUGAUAAUUUCAUUUGAAUAAAACAUGCAUGACAGUGUUGUUCUAGUGCUCAAAGCACUUUUUCCCACUUCGCCGUUGCGCAAAUGGCAUUUCCCACCGAUUUCUUAUCUAAUGUAAGUACACCGCCGCUAGAUAAGUGCCGGACAACCUCUUGAUAACAUCCAAGCUUGUUUUCAAGUCCGAUUAAUCUUACGUUCUAAUUUUAGUGAAUGAUUGUGGACGGCUUUGAAUUUUUUCGCCAACAUUAAACUUUAUAUUUUUCAGAACAA